GGCACGGCGCCCCCCAAAGCGGCUAGGUCUCCAUUUCAGUUCGUCGGCCGUUCCAAAUCCGCGGCCGCCGCUCGAACUCACAUAGCCAAUCAGCCAUGGCUUCCCAGCCGUCGCGGCGGCCGCCGGCGGAUUACCCUAAUCCGCCCGAUCCCACCACCAUAGCUGCUCUCGACGGCGACCUACUCCGGGAGAUCUUGCUCCGCCUCCCCGACCUUCCUAGCCUCGCCUUCGCCGCCUUCACCUGCCGCACCUUCCUUGACGCCAUCCGUUCAUCCCCCGCCUUCCGCCGCCGCUUCCGCGGCCUCCACGCGUCCCCCCUCCUCGCCCUCUUCCUCACACCCCACAUGCGCGCCAUACCUGCCUUCACCACCGCAUGGCGCCCCUCCGACCUGGACCUCGACGCCGCCACCGAUUUCUUCCGGACCAUCCUCCGAGACGACGACGAUGCUUCCUUUUGGGGGGUCAAUCUCUCCGGUUCCUCGAUUCCCUACCUCAAUGGUUACGUCGCCCUGGAGAACCGGGGCACCAAGCAGCGUGCUUGCUACAACCCCCAAACCAAGGCCCUGGAUCUCUGCCCCAAUUCUCCCCGCCACAUCACCCGCGGCACCAUCCUUGAGUUCUACACACUCUCCGCCGAAGAGGGCCAGAGGCCGUCCCGCGUGGUCUGUGUCCGCCACGACCACUCAUGGUCUUCGGUACGCCUCGCUGUCUUCUCAUCAAACACCAUGGAGUGGCAGAUCUUCCCGGAGGCCGCGACGCUGCUACCCGAGGGCGACAAGCGCACAACCCGCACGGUGAUGGACGGGUUUGUCUGCUGGGAACACGAUAGAGAGGGCUGCAUUUUCGUGCUCAACACAGCCACCUUGCAGCUCUCGCGAAUGGAUCUGCCGCCGCAUUUCAAAGGGGUUUAUUCAGCCGGAUAUUCAGGGUUUAAGGUCGGCCAGACCAAGGACGGGAAGCUCUGUAUCGUAAGCGUCGAGGAGCACACCCUUCUUACUUGGGUCUGGGCAGCCGACCAGGAUGGCGUCGAGAGAUUCGUGCUAGGCAAAAUGUUUCUGCUACUCACGGUUUUUAAGAACAUCAUGGAGUGCUCGGCGCAGGAUAAAACUAAGGUGCGGAUUAUGGCGGUUAUGGAUGGCUUUGUGUACCUCUCCAUUUGCCACUGGAAGGAUUUCAGCGACCUCUUCAAAUCCUCCGAGUGGUUCCUAUCCUUCUCCCUGGAAACAGGCGAGCUGUGUGAGAUGUUUAAGAGUGAACGGCAGAUUCCCUGCCCUAUCAUUCCUUACAUCAUGGAGUGGCCUCCGUCUUUGGUGCACAACAUGCAGAAUUCAGAAUCCAAAGUUGCUGGAGGCAGUGGAGAAGAUGGUGGUCCUGUGGGCACAGAAGAAGCUACACCUAUCCUUGCCCGAGCAUUACAAUCAUUCAAAGGAGCUUUGAUUAAUGAUGAUGAAUUGAAAGUUUCAGAGACAGAUGCCUUCUUACUUUGUAUUGACGCUGCAGAUGAGGAGAACUCUCUUGUGAGGAAAAUGAUUACUUUGGAUGCGGUAUUAACAGCUGUGCGGGAUCGUGUCUUGAGCAUAAGUGCGGACCCUGAUGUCUCCAGGAAGAGAACAGAAAGAGAGAGCUGGUUCCAAAUGUGCAAGGGGAAGCUAUGGAGAGCUUUCUUUGCUAGUUGAAUCAGACUAUCAGGGAAUUAUUUAGGAUUAGGUACUACCAGUUGGAUCAAAAUUCAGGAUCUGGCGAGAUAAUUGGGUACCAAGAGGAAACCUACGAAUCUUUGGAAAAUGCAAUCAAAUCAAGGCUGAGAUGGGCGUCUGAUCUAACCGAUCAAGCUUCAGAGUCAUGGAAAUAAAAUCUGGUGCGCUUGAUCUUCCACCCCUCGGAUGCUGUUUUGAAUAUCAGACUUCCUUCCUUUGAUGGGGAUGAUUUCCUGCCAUGGAAUUACGAGAGGAACAGACACUUUUCUGUCAAAAGUGCAUACAAACUGGCCGUGGAGAGUAAUUCAAAAUCUGACAGGUUUGUAGUCCGGCAGGUUAAUUUGGACUGCCAAGCAGGGGGCGAGUUCUCCUGAUUACUUUAGUCAUGUUGUUUGAAAGGACUUGGUGACUCCAAAUCGGCUAUUGAAGGUGUUGUGUAAGAUACCAGACUGCUGCUCUCAUGUUUCCUUUCAUACAACAUAACUAAAGUAAACAGGAGAACUAACGAGGUAGCUCAUGAGCUAGCACGGU